AUGACUUCACUUGCAGCAAAAUACAUCAGCCGAAAGGUGUUGGGGGAAUCGGUUGGAAAUAAGUUUGGAUCAGAGGACCUGUACUUUGAAACUGUACCUGCUUCCCGCUUGGACGGUGUACCCUCAAAAAAGAAAGCGCAGAGAAGAAGAAAGGCUAUACCUGCCGGCAUAUCAGAAAAAGAUGCAAAGAUUCUCACCAAAGUCAAGCGCAGGGCUUAUAGACUAGACAUGAGUCUUUUCAAUUGUUGUGGAAUUAGGUUCGGGUGGAGUAGUGUAAUUGGGAUCAUUCCUGUAGUCGGCGACUUUAUCGAUGUAUUCAUGGCGCUCAUGGUACUUCGAACGUGCAAUACAGUUGACGGCGGACUUCCAAACAGUGUUAGAUCCAAGAUGAUGUUUAAUAUCAUGCUCGAUUUCGCCGUCGGUCUCGUACCAUUCGUAGGAGACCUUGUCGAUGCAGUCUUCCGUGCCAAUACCAGAAACGCCCUUGAGCUUGAAAGACAUUUACGUGACAAGGGUGCAAAGAUAUUGAAAGCGAGGGGUGAAGUUCUACCUGCCGUUGAUGUUACCGACCCAGAGGAGUUCGAUCAUUAUGACCAGCAGCUCUCUGACGAAGAACCUCCACGGUACACAUCUGGAACAAAUACAGAGAUUGUCAGCCCCCGUGAGGCAGGUGGACGUAACCGUAACAGUUGGUUCGGUUAUGGCGGUAGCGCAGAGCGAACGAAACAAUCUGAUCCUGAGCGAGGUCGUGGCGAUAGAUCAGAGCGAACGAGACAGCCUAAUUCCGAGCAAGGUCGUCGCGAUGGGCCAAACGUACAAGAGCCUCCACUUCCAGCUCGCCCUAAGAAGGCUCAAAAGAGUGGUAGACGUUAA